AUGCGGUCAUCUGUAGCCGUCGCCUGUACAACUACAAUAUCGCCGAGGCCAUCAGAACCCAAGCCGCAAUGGAGAAGCAGGCGGUCGAGCCGACUGCUCGCGCGCAUCUUUGUAGGCGCUGCCCUCGUCGCAAGCGACCACCACAACGAGUUCCUCUGCAUGGCCGAGGCGGUCCAGAAGCACUGGCCCUGGGCCCGCCCAAGACCUGCCGCGGCCCGUCAUGAUCGGCCUCGUCAGCGAGCUCUGGGCAAGGCCAUCGACGCCCUGGCCGGCAUCGUGGGACUGUUGUGGACCGCUGGCGUUCAAGAUGCUUUUAUCGAGGACAAGGCCCUCGAAGGCGCAUCUAGAGAUGCUGUGUGCGCCCGUUUUCUCGAGUGGGUCGCCGCCCGUUCCGACGAGCGCGACGGGCCGGGUGCCGCCGCCGCCUUCGGGAUUGGCACCGCCGCGGUCCAGGAAUUCAUUGGAACCUCCGAGGCCAAGUCGUCGUUAUUGACGGGUACUAACGGGCACCACGAUGAGGAUGUUUCUACUGCUGGGCUCACGGGCGUGGAAUCGGAAGAUGAGGAGGAGACCGGCGACGAAGAAUACGAACCCCUCGAAGGAAACACUGCCUGGGACGUUCAACGGGCUGGACUUAUGUCGACGCCGGGUAUCUUAUGGUAUGGUACGAGAACCUGCAUCUUCAAUCAACCGACUGGGAAACGUGGGAAAUUGUUCACGACCGGGAAAGGCCUUCCGCCGAGGGACCCAACCGUUAUCCUGGAGAACCUCUUAUAUUAG